AUGGCUGCCCCUAUAUCGUUUAGUGGCGCCAAUUCUGGCCUUCAGGCCGGCAACAUCCACGGUCCAGUUCAGGCUGAGUUCCACCAAUACCUCCCUCCCGAGCGAGCAGAAACUCCACCAGCGCCAUCAAUUCUCAUUCCCUUCGGUCGCGACGACGACUUCGUAGAGCGCGGAACAAUUCUCGAUCAGCUCCACGACCGGUGUGCGGUACCAGGCUCGCGCACGGCACUAGUCGGGCUCGGGGGCGUUGGCAAGUCGCAGCUCGCCAUCGAGUAUGCCUAUCGCACCCGAGAACGAUCGUCCGACACAUGGGUAUUCUGGGUGCACGCGAGCAAUGUGGCACGAUUUGAGCAGAGCUACCGCGACAUCGCCAACUGUGUCAAGAUCCCUGGGCGACACAACCCGAAGAUCAACAUAUUCCAGCUCGUACACGACUGGCUGUGGGACAAGGGGAAGGGAAGCUGGAUGCUGAUCCUAGAUAAUGUUGAUGACGCUAGGUUCCUGGUCGAGAAUCGAGGUUGGGUCCAAGAGCAGCAGACAAAUCACACACGCCCCCUCCCGUUGUAUCUGCCGCAGUGCCAACACGGACGGACAUUGAUCACCACACGGAGCCGAGAUGCAGCACUCAAACUAGUCGAGCUGGGCAACAUCCUCACGAUCGACCCGAUGAGCGAAGCGAAUGCGCCCACACUAUUAGAGAGGAAGGUACGGACUCACAGUAGCCUUGAUGGUGCGGCUGAGCUCGCUGCGGCGCUGGAAUUCAUGCCACUCGCGAUUGUACAAGCAGCUGCCUACAUCUCUGAGCGGGCGCCACGGUGCUCGGUCCGGCAGUAUCUGGAGCAAUUCCAGAAAAGUGAUCGCAAACGCGCCAGUCUCCUUGAUUGUGAAGGCGGGCAGCUUCGGCGAGAUGUGGAGGCAAAAAACUCGAUCAUUAUCACGUGGCAGAUAUCAUUCGACCGUAUCCGGGAGAUUCGGCGAACGGCAGCCGACUUACUCGCGCUCAUGAGCUUCUUUGACCGACAAGGGAUUCCUGAACUUCUACUGCAUCGGCGGCAGGAAGUCACAAGCGCACCGGCACGCGAUCCUGACCGAGCUGGUAGCCCGCACCAGAACGUGACUGAUGACGAUGAUAGCAACACUGAUGACGAACGAAACACCGAUAGCAAUGACGAUCUUGAAGACGACAUCUCCGUGCUCCGAAGCUACUCAUUCAUCACGGCCACCGGGGUGGGAAUGGGCUUGGAAAUGCAUCGCCUGGUGCAGCUGGCGAUGCAGAAGUGGUUGGAAGUGCACGGGCAGCAAGAACAGUGGAAGAAGCAGUUUAUUUGCAAUCUCAACGCCGGUUUCCCGCAUGGAGGGUAUGGGACAUGGGAUACUUGUCAGCACCUGUUUCCCCACGUGAAGUUUACGGCCACCAAAAAGCCACCAGCCAAAGAUUCUCUGACGGAGUGGACUUCACUGCUAAAUAGAGCAGUGCUGUACUGCCUGUGCACGGGCAACUCUGUGGAUGCAGAAAAGAUGUCAGCUCAGUCUCUCAAAUUAAGAAAGCAAGUGCUGGGGGCAGACCACCCUGACACACUGACCAGCAUGGCCAACCUGGCCUCGACCUACUGGAAUCAAGGGCGAUGGAAGGAGGCUGAAGAGCUGUUUGUGCAAGUCCGGGAGAUCAUGACGAGGCAUGGCCAAUCUGGCCUUGACCUACCAGAAUCAAGGGCGAUGGAAGGAGGCUGA